AAUAAGCUUCUCCGCCCGACUUGAAAGUAGUUCUUGUUCGGCUUUAGCCGAAACUUCAUGUGCCAAAAAAAAAAACCCUGACCGCUGUUAAGAUACCAUGAGACGUUUUGGUCGGCGGACGGAACGAAAGAAAGACAUGUACGGCUGCUUGGACUUGGAAGUUAACCCGAGUUUAAGAGAAACGGUUAUUAAAAGUCGGCGGUUCGGUUCCCAGUGAGUGCCGAGCCUAGCUAACGUUACUCGGACCGACGGAGGAGCAACUUCUGCCCGGGCGCCGCUGCUGUGGAACUGGGGGGAACGCGGACUGAUAUCUGCGCUCAAAGAACCGUUAAAAACCCAACGGUUUGUGACGUUGUAAAGACUUAGCGUAACGGUGGUAGUGUUUUUAUUCCGCCACGAUGCUUCGGCUUUGCCUACCGAGAGCGCUCCGACCGGUUGUACAGAAGUUCCCGGCGGCGGGGACGGUGCCGAGGCUGCCGGGGAUAGGGCGACACACACCGGGCUGCUGGAUGGGGACACACGGGAGAAAAGAGCCGAGGGAGACGCUCAACUCACCCGCGAGAGCCAAAGACUUCAUUUACCGCCUCCAGCCGGCGGAGAGGACUAUUUUACUGAAGGAGCUGCAGAGUUUCGAGUCCAUAGCCGCGGCCCAAGAGACCCCGGAGCCCUCGCCGCCGACUGCAGCCCAGAUUAGAUAUGUUUUGUUCCACAACGGCAUCCCCUUUGUUGGAUUUGGUUUCCUUGACAAUGCCAUCAUGAUCGCAGCAGGAACACAGAUCGAACUCUCCAUCGGAGUCACCCUGGGGAUCUCCACCAUGGCUGCUGCGGCGCUGGGGAACCUGGUUUCAGAUUUGGCGGGUCUCGGUCUUGCAGGUUAUGUGGAGGCUCUGGCUUCCAAACUGGGGAUGCAGGGUCCAGAUCUGACCCCCGAACAGAUGCACAUGUGGCAGACCAAGUUCAGCUCUCACAUGGGCAAAGCCAUUGGCGUGACCAUCGGCUGCAUUUUGGGGAUGUUCCCGCUGUUUUUCCUGGACGACGAGAAGGAGAAAGAAGCACAUCCCUGCGGUGACACGGCGUCCUCCUAACAAGCCGCUACGGUCGCACAACACCCUCACACCUACAGACUGGAUACUGCUGAUGUCAACUUUUUAAAGUAUUUACAGUCGGUUGUUCCUCGGUUCGGGCGGCGUUCACACUUCCUCAGUCUCCGAACCCUCUAAAGCUGUUUGUGUGUCGACUGACUGACUAACUUUAGCAUUUAGCUCCAUCACAGCUUCAGCUCUUUGUGGCUUCUUCUGAUGAUACCAAGCUGUGGUGUUGCCACACGGGCUGCUCCAUCAAAACGCUCCAUCUGUUCAUUCAGUACUUCAACUUUAUGGGGAUUCACUCGUUUAAGUUGGUCAUGAGGGAUCUUAUCACUUCUGAUUCUAGCAUCGAUUCUUCUUAUCAAUCCCAGUCUCUGUCCUACCGAUCUAUUUUGAGAAAGAAACCCCCCGUGUCCGAUCAUUCCUGUAACUUUCCGACAUUGACGGUCCGACAUUCACGCCGAUUUCGUGCUGCUGUUCGGUCCGCUGGGUGGAGGUGAGAAAAGAGUCUCUCCCUUUUUAAUUUCUCACAUUUAUGUCACAUUAACCCUCAUGUUGUCGUCCCGUCAAAAUUUAAAAAUCAACACUUUUGUCGACGCUUUUUCUCGAUGUUUUUAACUUUUUCUUACGUUUUUGUCCCUUUUAUCCACACUUUUGACUAUUUUUUAAAUGUUUGUCACUUUGUUCUACAUUUAACACUACGUGACACUAACUUAUUAACUUUAGUUUUACAGGUAUUUUUUGAAUUUAUGGUC